GUUGAGCAGGACAUUAAACUAUAACACGACUAACAAUAAGAACGUCCAUUAGCUUUCCUCUCGUAUAUAAGCAAAGCAGUUAAUUACCAAGAUGUCUGCUGCACGCGCUCUUCUUUUGCUGAUAUUUGGAUUUACCAUGCUGAAGUUCAUCUGCUGUUACAGUGAUGGAAGUUUAUUGACCGACCAGUGUCAAAGUAUGGCUAUAGAUCAUGGAGUUCAAGCAUCAGGACAAGAUUCAAACCCUUUCACCGUCAUUCCAGAUAACGUGACCGUGAACAGUUCGCAAGUGGGAACGGGCAUUACAGUGACACUCUCGACUUCUUCUGUUCCAUUUUUGGGCUAUAUGUUGGAGGCCCGUGAGUGUGAUAAUUGUCCACCUGCUGGUACAUUUAGUGGGAUUGACUCGGCCAACAGUCUGCUCCUAUGUGGUGACCAGGCCGUGGCUCAUCCCAAUAACAACGAUAAAACUUCAGUCCUAGUGACGUGGACUCCUCAAGCCACUGGACAGUUUUACUUCAGAGCUGCAUUUGUCCAAACUUUCAGUUUCGGUUGGCAAAAAAAAGCAAUCAUACUCCCAACGACAACAACAUUGCCGCCGACAACACCAAUGACAACAUCACCGCUGGCAACAACCCAGUUAAUGACACAGUCAAUUAUGCACACAAUGACGCCGACAACCACACAGACAAUGACGCAGACAACUACACAGACAAUGACGCAGACAACGAUGCAGACAACGACACAGAAAACAACAUCGACACCGACCACGACACCUACAACGGUGCAGAUGAUGAUGAUGACAACAACCACUACAACAACUACUGACACCCCCGCUACUGUAACAACUAGGCAUACAACAAUAGACACAUCCACUGCACCACCAACCUCUGCAGUCAACAGUACACAAACAGGUCUAACUGUAUUCACAACACCAAACCUACAGGCUACAGUUUCUGCAGUCAAUACUACACAAACAGAUCCAACUACAAACACAACAUUAACAUCAAACACACAAUCACAGACUACAGUGACGCCAUCAUAUCUUUUGCAGUGUGUGCGGUAUAUGAGAGGUGGUGUGGUACUGUUGUUAUUCAGCAGACUUUGUUUUCUUGGAGGCUCUUCUCUCCUCAUGAUCAUCAAACCAGUUUCAAAGAUGCCCACCCAGAUUGCAUCCAUCAUUGAACUCAUAUCCAAAUUUAUCACUACUAUCCUUGUACUAAUAAAAGCAGUUCAUUAUGACUGUGAGAAUGCUGGUUUGCAGUUUUUGUUUGCUGCUUUAAUAGUGACUGCAAUGAUUACAAGCCUGAUGCACACCAUCACUGUUUUCCUUCACCGCGGACCAAGCCAUGAAUUAAGAACAUGUUGGAUUGUUUCUCUCAUAAUAGUUGACCUUCUAAAUACACUCAUUACAUCCAUCUCAAUAUUUUAUGGGCUAUGGUGGUUUCAAGGACGCUGGUUAAUUAUAGUAAUGGCAGUUUAUGUGAUAUUGGAGUUUAUCCUUUACCUCGGAGCAGCUGUUUUUAAACAAAAGGAAAAACACAAGACAAGAAAAAGAUUGGAACAAAAUCAUCCUGUUCAAGACAACACGAAAUCCCCAUGGGUCUUUAUGUUUGUCAUUUGUUUAGUGUUUUAUGUAAUGUUUACAGUUGCACUUAUUGUAGGAGUGUCUUUGCUUUGCUUUCAAACUGGAUCUUCCUGUAUAUUGUUCAGUUAGUGUGUGUGUGUGUGUGUGUGUGUGUGUGUGUGUGUGUGUGUGUGUGUGUGUGUGUGUGUGUGUGAGUGAGUGUAUGUAUAUGUUUAUAUAUAUAAAUGCAUCUUUAUAAGGACCUGCCUGCUUGGAUGAGAUUUUUUUUCUCUGUUUUGCACGAGCCAAUUUAUUGCACUAUUUUCUUUAGUAUACUUGUAUCUGUUAAACUUUGUGUAGAAACGUAUAGUGUAAUUUUUGUGAUCUGAGUGGCAUCAUUUGAUUUGAUUUGAAAUGCAAUCCAAAGGUCACAUAAUUUCUUAUUAUUUGCUUGGCUGCUGCACUGUCCACUGUAUGAUGGACAUCUUAACUCUUUCUGAAUUCUGAUUGUAAUUUUAAAUUGUUAUUGUUUGUUAUGUUAUUGUUUAUGCACUUGAUGUUGAAAUGUUUUUAUAUUUGAUUACAAGUAAAUUUGUCACUUUGAGGCAUUUUUAUUGGCUCCAUUUGUAUUUGUGACAUUGUGAUACGCUUUGAAAAUAAAUUAAGUAUAUCUUUUGAAAAUUUUGACAGCU